CGAAAGACAUACGUCUAGCUCCAAAUAAAAGGAAAAAGAAACAGGACUCUUUGUCUCAAUCUCUCUCCCGUUUCCCUGCCAGACUCCAUCCGCCGGAACUGAGCCGGAUCUGAGCCGUAGUUGCCGGACCCGCCGCGGUCGAAUCGGCGAGAGCGAGGGGCCUUCGAUUCUGCAGGCUUGGUUUCGAUUGAGGAGAUGGAGGCGCUGUCCACCAAUGGGCAGCCGAAAGCCCGGAUAACUCGUGAUAGAUCGACUUGUUUGGCCGCUCAAAUAAAAGCCUCACCUUGUCAACAAGGUGAUGAUUCUCAAUGUGACGAAAUAACGGGAUCACAGGUCCUUCCAGAGGAUAUCCUUCAUCAUAUACACACUCUCAUGCCAAUGCAAGCUGCCGCUCAGGCCGCCUGUGUGUCUCGUGGUUUUCUGUGUUCUUGGAGAUGCUAUCCAGAGCUCAUCAUUUCUAUUGACUCACUAGGCAUAAAGGAUGAUAGAUCUAAAAAAGAUGAAAUAACUAGGGAUUUUAUCAGUAGAGUUGACCACAUUAUGCAGAACCACUCUGGCAUGGGGGUGAAGAAGUUUAGCCUUAACACCUACCCUUGUUCCAAUCUGGAUCCUAGUUAUGUUGACCGCUGGCUUCAAGUUGCUGUUACACCCGGGAUUAAGGAAUUUGAACUGUCAAUGUUCGAAUGGGGUGAUAUAAAGUACGACUUCCCGUGUUCUUUUUUAUCUGGUGAACGGAGAAGCUCCAUUCAGUCAUUUCUUCUUCAUGAAUGUUCUUUUCACUCUGCGGCGCAAGUUGGUUCCAUGAGGAGCUUGAAAACUUUGGAUUUGCACUCGGUCCACGUUACUGGGGAGGAGCUAUAUGGUUUUCUGUCCAAUUCUUGUGCUUUGGAGCAGUUUGUCCUUUCCAACUGCGAGGAUAUCGUUUUCUUGAAGAUACCUUGUCUGUUGCUGCAGCUUAAAAUCUUAGACGUGUUUGGCUGUCAAAAGCUGGAGAUGAUUGACAGCAAUGCCCCAAAGCUCUCCACUUUCUCUUAUAUAGGGCACCCAAUACAUAUCUCGCUUGGAGAUGCAUUGCAAGUGAAGAAUGUAAAACUUCUUCGUGAUUAUACAUCUGACGCACUAUAUUAUGCCAGUACCAAACUUCCAUUCAUCGUGCCGAAUGUCCAAACCCUUGUUCUGGCAACGGGACAUGAGACGGUCAACACACCAGCAGCGAUUGGCAAAUUCCUCCACCUCAAGUACUUGGAGAUAGUGGCGGUAGCACCAAAAUUUUCCGAAGACUAUGAUUUUUACUCUCUGGUUUCUUUUCUUGAUGCUUCUCCCGCACUGGAGACUUUCAUCUUACGUAUUGAGAUUCCAACCAUAAGGUCCGAUUCGAUUGUUGAAGAUUCGGAUGGUGAUUCCUCGCAUCAACGGUGCCUUUCAGAACGCUGCCAUGAUAACCUCAAGAAUGUGAUGAUAACCGGCUUUUGCUCUGCAAAGAGCAUGAUCGCGCUUACGAUCCAUAUCAUCGAGAAAACAAAGUGGCUGGAGUGCCUUACAUUAGACACUACCCGUGGCCAUGACAGGAGGUUUGUCAAUGUUGACAAAUGCUUGCGGCUGAAAAAGGAUGCGCUUUUGGAGGCUGAAAAGGCCCGCAUCGCCAUUCGGAGAUAUGUCGAGGGGAGGGUGCCCCAUGCUGUGAAGCUAAAGGUUAUUGAGCCGUGCAGCAAGUGCAUUUGCUGACAAUUCUUAGGUGCUUCCAAGCUAUGUUAUGCAUACUUGUGUAAUUAUUUAUGGAUUGUGUUAAAAGAUGUGAACUCUGUAUCUCUGCCAAACAGCAUGAUUGUCAAACAUUAUCUAUCUAUUUAAGCAAUGUGCCCCGUUCAUAA